AUGGCCUCUUCAUCCUCUUCGACUCAAAAUGGUGGGCCUGAUCAUAUCAUCCGUCCCCGUCCUGUCAAACCCAGCAAUCCUAUGGUCCUACGAGCCCAGUCCGAGGAAGGGAACCUAAAACCCAAUGGGCACGUUGAUACAAUUCUGUCAGGAUCCUCGAGUGGCCGUUCCACUCCUCUACCUGAGGAUGCUCCUCCAUCAGCCCAGUCCAUUUCGUCAGCUCGGAAGCAGGUCAGAGCACAGCAAAAGCACAGGAUCUUUCCUACAGUCGAAUACGCUGCCAGGGUAUCGCACUUUGAUCCAAGAAGCGAAUAUCGAGACUUCAGAGGCUUUUUCGUUUUGUUCUGGAUCGGACUCGCUAUCAUGGUCAUCACGACUAUGUUGAGGAAUAUAAAAGACACAGGAUACCCUCUGAGGCAUCAUAUGUUUGAUCUUUUGACCACGAAAACAUGGGAGCUUGCUCUCAGUGAUGGAGCAAUGGUCUUAAGUACGGGCGUAAGCGUGCCAUUCCAGAUGCUAUGCCGUAGAAGCAAAGGAUGGUUAAGAUGGGAGAAUCUGGGAAUGCCAAUUCAGAGUAUCUUUCAACUUGGUUGGUUGGUGCUUUGGGUCAAUUGGCCCUUUAUAUUCAACUGGACCUGGACCGCCCAAGUCUUCUUCACCUUACACACGCUUGUUCUACUAAUGAAGAUGCACUCAUACUCUUUCUAUAACGGUCACUUAAGUACCACUGAGCACCGGCUUUCCGCUCUCGACAAUCCCGAGAGCGCUUCGACUGCCGCCGCUGUACGAUAUCCAAGUCCAAGCACGCAACUCGACGAGGUGGAUAAAGCAGUAGAGGACAAAAAGAACGAGGAUGAGAAAGAAACUCUAACACAGCUACGCGAGGAUCUUGCCCUCGAACUGAUUUCACCCCUGGGCCAAGUGACCUACCCCAACAACCUGUCGAUGAUGAAUUAUGCCGACUACAUACUCUGUCCAACCCUCUGUUACGAGCUCGAGUAUCCCAGAACGUUAAGAAUAAACUGGAUGGAGCUCUUCUAUAAGACUCUUGCAGUCUUCGGCUGCAUAUUCCUUCUGACACUCAUAAGCGAGGAAUUCAUUGUUCCUGUACUACGUGACUCGGCGGUACGACUGGAAGGAAUCGAUAGCUGGUCUGACAUGGGUCUCAUUCUUGGCGAGACUAUCAGCCAGCUUCUGUUCCCAUUCAUGAUGACAUUCUUGAUUUGUUUCCUUGUCAUCUUCGAGUAUGUUCUGGGAGCGUUUGCAGAGAUUACUUGCUUCGCAGAUCGGCACUUCUAUUCCGACUGGUGGAACUCUAGCGAUUGGCUUGAAUUUUCUCGCGAGUGGAAUAUCCCAGUCCAUCACUUCCUCCGUCGCCAUGUCUACGGGGCCUCUAGACCAUAUGUCUCACGGAACACAGCAACGCUGAUCACCUUCCUCGUGAGUGCUUUCGGCCAUGAACUAGUCAUGGGUUGCAUCACGAAAAAGCUACGAGGAUAUGGAUUCGCAGCGCAGAUGUCACAAUUGCCCAUAGUGGCAGUGCAACGGAUAAGGAUCGUCCGAAGUCGAAAGCUGCUCAAUAACGUACUCUUUUGGUGUUCCAUGAUCCUCGGUCUUUCUAUGAUGUGUGCACUGUAUGUCCUUGUCUAA